UAUAGUACCGGUGCAACUCGCGUUCACAUAGGCCUAUAUUAAGCGAACCCGCUCUACACUGAAAAGCUGCUGUAGCUCUCAAGCGUCCUUUUCAAUUGAUGAAGUGACUUCAACACUUUCCAACUCGGACUUAGUAAUAACAUGGCCAGCAAAGGAAGCCAAGAAUUCAAUCCUGAUGCUGAACUGUCAGCGAUAUGUAACAAACUGUGGGAGCUAGAUGAGAACCGUCUGGAACCUGGAGUAGACUACGAGAUCGAUCUUCAGCGCUAUACUUACUACGGUAAUAAGGGAAAUGUUGAUCAAGCAAAGGACCCUCUGUUUUCCAGAGUGGAUGAAGGAGUACUUCAGAAACCAACCUUUAAAGCUUUUAUCAGCCUUCUAGACAACUAUGCAUCCGAGACAGGUGUGUCAGAAGAAGUAACAGAUGAAGAAGUUAGAGAGAACCAGAUAUUUAUUGACAGAAUCAUGGAAACAAAGGUGAUGCAGCAUGCAUACAAAGUGCUACUAGACAAGGGAAAGAUAUCUGGUACAGUAAGGGAUUUCAAGCAUACCUUGUAUGAUCUCUGGUUUAAACUAUACAGAAGAACAAGAGGCAUGGAGAGAGGUGAAUGCGAUUCUUCAGGCUUUGAGCAUGUAUUUGUAGGAGAGACGAAAAACAAGGAAGUUACUGGAUUCCAUAAUUGGAUCCAGUUCUAUCUUGAGGAGAAGAGAGGGAAUGUGGACUACACUGGAUGGAUUAGACCAAGGAGGAGGGGAAAGGGAAGAGCUGUUGCUGAUAACAGCGCUCAGCUGGUCACGCUCCAGUUCAAAUGGAAGGACACAGUGAAACCAGUCGGGAGUUCCUUCAUCGGUACGAGUCCAGAGUUUGAGAUGGCGCUAUACACCAUUCUGUACUUCAUCGGCAAGAAUGGACCAAACCAAUUGGAGAUUGAGGACUAUGAUGUUGAGAUCGUUGUUCACUUCAUGGGUAAUAAAUUGGGUAGUUCGUAUCCUGUAGCUCUGAGUCAGGUUUAGAAGGGCAAGCAUGUAUGCUGCCCUCGUUUGAUCAAAAGGAAGCAGGUAAAUGUCAACCAUUUAAACAAUUCAUAAUUGUUAUGAAUUUCAGACUG